AUGGCGCUUCCCCGCGCCCGGGCCGGGGCCUGGGCGGCGGCUGCCAAAGCGGCCCAGAGGCGCCGCCGCGUGGAGGGCGCGGGCGGGUCGCCGAGCCCCGCGGCCCCGAGCCAGCGCGCGGCGCUGUACGUCCACUGGCCCUACUGCGAGAAGCGCUGCAGCUACUGCAACUUCAACAAGUACAUCCCCCGCGACGUGGACGAGGCCGCCAUGCGGAGCUGCCUGGUGACCGAGGCUCAGACGCUGCUACGGCUCAGCGGGGUGCGGCGGGUGGAGUCCGUGUUCUUUGGUGGAGGCACCCCGAGCCUGGCCAGCCCCCACACUGUGGCUGCUGUCCUGGAGGCCGUGGCCCAGACAGCUCACCUGCCUGCAGACUCCGAAGUCACAUUGGAGGUCAACCCCACUUCUGCCCCAGCCUCUCGGCUGGCAGCCUUUGGGGCAGCCGGAGUCAAUAGGCUGUCCAUUGGCCUCCAGUCCCUGGAGGACGCCGAGCUGCAGCUGCUGGGGCGGACGCACUCGGCCAGCGACGCCCUGCAGACGCUGGCAGAGGCCCGGGGCCUGUUCCCCGGGCGCGUGUCCGUGGACCUGAUGCUGGGGCUGCCCGCCCAGCAGGUGAGGCCCUGGCUCCGGCAGCUGGAGGAACUCCUGCGCCGCUGUGACGACCAUGUCUCCCUCUACCAGCUGUCCCUGGAGCGGGGCACUGCCCUCUUCUCCCGGGUGCAGCGGGGCGCCCUUCCUGCCCCGGACCCCGAGCUGGCCGCCGAGAUGUACCAGGAGGGACGGGCAGCCCUUCGGGAGGCGGGCUUCCGCCAGUACGAGGUCUCCAACUUUGCUCGCAAUGGGGCGCUGAGCACCCACAAUUGGACUUACUGGCAGUGCGGCCAGUACAUUGGCGUUGGGCCUGGGGCCCACGGCCGAUUCGUGCCCCAGGGAGCCGGGGGCCUUGCCCGGGAGGCUCGGAUCCAGACCCUGGAGCCUGACAACUGGAUGAAGGAGGUGAAGCUGUUCGGCCACGGCACCCGGAAGCGCUCCUCCCUGGGCGAGCUGGAGCUGCUGGAGGAAGUGUUGGCCAUGGGGCUGCGCACAGACGUAGGGAUCACUCACCAGCACUGGCAGCAGUUUGAGCCCCAGCUGACCCUGGGAGACGUGUUUGGAGCCAGCGAGGCGGUGCGCGCGCUGCUGGAGCAGGGCUUGCUGCUGCUGGAUCACAGGGGUCUCCGGUGUUCCUGGGAAGGGCUGGCCGUGCUGGACUCUCUGCUGCUGACCCUUCUACCUCGACUCCAAGAGGCCUGGCAGCAGAAGACCCCCGCCCCUGUGCCAGGAGGGUGA